GCGAUCUACCUGUGGCCCGUCGCCCGCGCCAACCUGGGCGGCGCCCAAGAUGUCUUCUGCGCCCUGGGCUCUGCCACCCUGCAAGGCUGCCCCUGGUCCGGCGCGCUCUGGGCGAUUGGCGCGGGCCCGCUGAUCGGAGAUAUGCGUGCGAGGACCUGGCGCCGCAGCGGCGGGAUGAUUGGCGCCUGUGCGGGCGACGCGGUGUGCGCGAUGCCUUCUCUCACGAUGUGGCGCCCGAUGGGCCAGGCUUCCGAUGCGGCGGAAAUUUUGGCUCGGUUGGCGUUGAAAACGGCGGAGUGCAAGAUCAUCCCUCUGGCGGAGGCUUCCUCGCCGCCGCCGGAGAGCGGGGCGCGCGGGGCGUUGGCGGAAUUCGUUUCGAAAUGGCAGGGCGUGGCGAUCACGGACGCGGCGGAGCACCUUGGCGCGCUGAUGGGCCCGUGCGUGGGCGACGCGAUGCGCUGGCAGAAGGUCAUCGCGGGCUGGCAGCGCGUGCCCGACCUGGUUGCGGAC